UCUGCCGGAGAGACCACAGUAUCUGUGGCUGGGACGGGGUGUCUGCACCGGAAGAAAGUACCAUUAAUCCAGUUUGCCUGCAUCAUUCCAUGUUACAAUGUAUCUGAUCCAUCAGAGUUGCGGACAUAUACUAAAUGCACUUGCCUGAAUCGUUUUCUUUGCGUGUAUCUGGUUUUAUUUUUUAUUUUUUUAAGGGAUAAGUGUGGUCCCUUCUGUAUUACGAUCGCUUUGAUACCAAAGCUCCUAGAACUCAGUACACCAAAAUAACUGCUGACGAUCCCAAUGGCUGGUAUCGAUAUCCAGAAAACGGGAUGGUUUUCGGCUGACAAGACCAAAAGAUGGAGCGCCUUUGAUUCGGGAAAUCGUGCUCUUUUGGGGUUUUAUACAGACUGAGGUGAUGGGAAAUUCCUAAUCAAGUUAGAAGGAAGAAACUACAAGUGCACUUCUGUCUUUUUUUUUUUUUUGGAAAUGAUUGUGUUAUUGAUAUUUUCCUUUAUCGUGGAUGGAGUGGCUUCCCAGCUUCACUAUUCUGUUCCCGAGGAGCAAGAUCAUGGGACGUUCGUGGGGAAUAUCGCGGAGGAUUUGGGCUUGGACAUAACAAAACUUUCAUCCCGUAAAUUCCAGAUCGUGCCCAGUUCGAGGACUCCGUACUUGGAAGUGAAUUUGGAAAACGGGGCGCUGUUUGUAAACGAGAAAAUCGACCGGGAGCAGAUCUGCAAGCAAAGUGCAACCUGCCUGCUGCACUUGGAGGUGUUUUUAGAAAACCCGCUGGAGCUUUUCCGUGUGGAGAUCGAGGUGAUGGAUAUCAAUGACAAUCCACCCAGUUUUCCCGAAACAGACAUUACGGUUGAAAUCACAGAAAGUGCCACCCCGGGGACGCGCUUUCCAGUGGAGAGCGCCUUCGAUCCGGACGUGGGCACCAACUCCCUCCGCUCCUACGAUCUGACCACCAACAAUUAUUUUUACCUAGACGUGCAGACACAAGGGGACGGCAACAAAUUUGCUGAGCUCGUCCUGGAGAAGCCGCUGGAUCGGGAGCAGCAGGCGGUGCACAGGUACGUGCUGACGGCGGUGGACGGUGGUCUGCCACAGAGGACCGGGACCGCGCUACUGCUGGUCAAAGUCCUCGACUCCAACGAUAACGUCCCGGCCUUUGAUCAGUCAGUAUAUUCGGUCAGCAUGCCCGAAAAUGCACCGGUGGGCACGCUGGUCAUCCAGUUAAACGCCACGGACCUGGAUGAAGGGACGAACGGGGAGGUGGUGUAUUCUUUCAGCAGUCGUAAUUCAGCCAGGGUGAGGGAACUCUUUAAUAUAGACCCCCGGACUGGAAGAAUCGAGGUGAUCGGGGAGGUCGAUUACGAGGAGAGCAAUACGCAUCAGAUCUACGUGCAGGGGAAAGACCUCGGACCCAACGCCGUUCCCUCCCAUUGCAAAGUGCUGGUCAAGCUGGUAGACGUGAAUGAUAACGCCCCGGAGAUUAGCUUCAGCACAGUGACCGAGUCGGUGAGCGAGCAAGCGGCCCCGGGCACCGUGAUCGCGCUGCUCAGCGUCACCGACCGGGACUCGGGGGAGAACGGCCAGGUCCGCUGCGAGGUCCUCGGCGAGGUCCCGUUCAAGCUCAAGUCAUCGUUCAAAAACUAUUACACCAUAGUCACGGACGGACCCCUGGACCGGGAGAACGUCGACUCCUACACCAUCACCAUCGUGGCCAAGGAUAAGGGUGUCCCGUCUCUGGCCACCAGCAAGUCCAUUAAAGUGCAGGUGUCGGAUGAAAACGAUAACGCCCCGAGGUUUUUGCAGCCUAUUUACGAUGUGUAUGUUACGGAAAAUAACGUACCGGGGGCGUACAUUUAUGCUGUAAGCGCCGUAGACCCCGACAUCGGACAAAAUGCAUAUAUAUCAUACUCCAUAUUGGAGUGCGACAUCCAGGGUAUGUCCGUCUUCACCUACGUGUCCAUCAAUUCAGAAAACGGCUACCUUUAUGCUCUGAGGUCUUUUGAUUACGAGCAGUUAAAGGACUUCAGCUUCAUGGUCCAGGCGCAGGACUCCGGUACCCCGGAGCUGACGUCCAACGCCACCGUCAAUGUUAUAAUAGUGGACCAGAAUGAUAACGCCCCGUCCGUUAUUGCCCCCUUGGGCAAGAACGGCACAGCUAAAGAGCAUCUGCCCCGGUCCGCCGAGCCGGGCUUCCUGGUGACCCGCAUCGUGGCCAUGGAUGCGGACGACGGCGAAAACGCACGCCUGUCCUACAGCAUCCUGAAGGGCAAUGAGCUGGGGAUGUUCCGCAUGGAUUGGAGAACCGGAGAACUAAGGACCGCCAGGAGGGUAUCCGGUAAAAGGGAGUCGAACCAGCCUUACAACUUGUUGAUCGAAGUGAGGGACCACGGGCAGCCGCCCCUCUCAUCCACAGCCAGCGUUAUUGUAACCUUAGUCGACAGUAUAGUGGAGGGUCACAGCGGGGAACGUGGUUCCUCCAAAGCCAAGGAAAAUUCCCUUGAUUUGACCCUGAUCCUUAUAAUCGCGCUGGGAUCAGUGUCUUUUAUCUUCCUGCUGGCCAUGAUUGUGCUGGCCAUCAGGUGUCAGAAGGACAAGAAGAUGAGCCUCCACACGUGUCUGAACAGCGACUGCUGCCUCUGCUGCAGGACCUGCUGUAGCAGGCAGGCGAGGGGCAGAAAGAAAAAGCUUAGCAAGUCAGAUAUAAUGCUGGUGCAGAGCACUAAUGUCACCAGCACCGCGCAGGUCCCGGUCGAGGAAUCGGGGAGCUUCAACUCCCACCAUCAAAACCAGAAUUAUUGCUACCAGGUAUGUCUUACACCGGAAUCUGCCAAAACUGAUCUAAUGUUCCUAAAGCCCCGUAGCCCUGCUAGGAGCGCAGACACUGAACACAAUCCCUGUGGAGCCGUAGUCACAGGUUACACAGACCAGCAGCCUGACAUCAUAUCUAACGGCAGCAUUUUAUCCAACGAGACUAAACAGAGGGCUGAACUCAGUUACCUUGUGGACAGACCUCGGCGUGUAAACAGCUCUGCUUUCCAGGAAGCAGAUAUUGUAAGCUCAAAGGACAGUGGACACGGCGAUAGUGAACAGGGCGACAGUGAUCACGACGCCACCAACCGAGGACAUUCGUCCGGUGCGGAUCUCUUUUCAAACUGCACAGAGGAGUGCAAAGCCCUUGGGCACUCUGAUCGAUGCUGGAUGCCCUCCUUUGUGUCACCAGACGGCCGUCAGGGGGCAGAUUACCGUAGCAAUCUGCAUGUACCAGGGAUGGACUCUGUGCCUGACACUGAGGUAUUUGACGCUCAAGAGCAAACUGGAGAUAGAUCAUUCUCCACCUUUGGCAAAGAGAAGUCACAUCACGGCACCCUAGAGAGGAAAGAGUUUGAUGCACUUCUGUCUAACAGACGUGAGCCUUACAAACCCCCCUAUUUGACGCGGAAAAGGAUUUGCUAGUUCAUUCUGUGUGGACAUACCCAAGACAGCAUGAAUUUGCACAAUAGCCGAGCAACGAAACCAUCAAGUUUCCAACUUCGUUACCUUGGCCAUCCGGCUGUACCUUUCACCUUUUGGAUUUUUCUGCCAUGGGGGACAAACGGAAACGAUGGCUACUGGUGGAACUUUACCGCUCUCAGCAGGCCUGAGAAAUGAGCUGACAUUGGACCACAAAGGAAAAACAAAAAGCAAACAAACAAACAAAAGCAAACAAACAAACAAAAGAAAUCUUGGGGGUUGGAAAUCUCUUCUCUAAUCUGUGUGUGCCUGUUUACAGCACUAUGUAUAUCUUCAGAAGUCACUGAGCCCUUUAGAUGUUUGUAUUCACACCAAGAAGCCAAUUGUACAGGAUAAAUAUUUGUGCAUUAUAAAUGCAAUAUCUCAAUUUUAGACUUGACUGUUUUAUAUUAUUUUGUGUGGUCAAGUGGUCCCAAAUCUACUCCAACUUUGUAAGGAAAAUUGUGAUCAUGCUUUAAGUUCAAAUUUUAUUUUCGGAUUAUUUUGAUUUUUAUUUUUCCAAACUACAUUUGCCGUAAUCAGAUACAUUGAGUGGUUUCUAUCAUGUGUGCAAAGUGUUUACUGUACUAUUUUAAAGCUUCUAAAUGGAUACAAAUUACAUAUAUAAAUAUAUAAAUAUAUAUAUAUAUAUAUAUAUAUACUUUUUUCUGAAAGUGUGGUAUUCAUUUGUUAGUUUCUUAUUCGACAUACAAUCCCAUAAAACGGCAUUAAGUGACACAAAAGCCUUGUGGUAUUGCAGGGUUUUUACAAAAUGGGCCUUUUUAAAUUCUACAAAUUAUUUUGUUGUUUAUUUUAUUUUUUCACUUUAGAUAUUAAACUUUAUCUUGUCUAUAAUGAAAGGAAAUAAUUCUUUAGAUUUUAAAUCAUGGUAAUCUGUGUUGUACAAAAUUGGCAGUUAAAGGAAUAAACUAAAUAUUAACUCUUAAAAUCACACACGCGCGCACACACACACACACAUACACACGCACAUACAGAAACACACACACACCCCGAGGUGAUUAAUAAAAUAUAAAAUGCAUAACA